AUGCUGGAAAAAAAAACUGUUGUGCUCUUGGCCCUGUCACUAAAGCACCUUGCAGCGUGCACGUGUCCUACUAAACCCCACACUCCGCCUCUGCCCGAAAGUGAAAGUCGUACGACCGUUGCCACUAGCUGGCCGAAUGAUCGAUAUGAUAAUAUUUGCUCUGUGUACAACAGUAAUUGGCGCCUUGUCUGUCAAGUGGUUCAUCGACUCUGUCUUGUCCUUCCUCUCACCUAG